ACUGUUGUGGAAUGUUGAAUGGUUACCAAGACUGGGGGCAGAAAGUCCCAGAUUCCUGUCGCUGCCCUCCAUUCUACCAGUACAAGGACUGUGUGAGCGUUCCAGUUUCACCAAAGAAUAAAUGGGGAAUGAUGAAGUAUCUUGAUGUUUCUGGGUCUUCUGUGCUGGUUUAUAAACAGCCAUGUGGUCCCAUUGUUCUCUCUUACAUGAGGAAAGUGUUUGAUAUAUCUCUUGGAAUAACCUUUGGAUUAGCAAUCAGUGCGUUCAUUGGGAUGGUGAUGUCAAUGACUAUGUACUGUCAAAUCAAAAGACCCUCAAUUAUAUUUAGUCUUGAACAAAGCCCUCCCAAGUACACAGAGCUGUACAGUACUGCAGAAUACUAGCCUGCCUUUGGGAGUUUGUGAUUAGAAAAACUGCUUGUGUUAUGGUAAUCUUGAAUUUUGUUAUGUGACCAUUUAGCAAAUGUUUAAAUACUUUACAAGAAUAAUGUAAAUAAUGUGUCAAAUAUGUGGUUUUUAUAUGUUCUGAAAGUACACAUUUUUAAAUUUUGUUUUCCUGCUGAUAACUGAAUUGGCACUGUAUUGCGUUUAAGAUGGUUUAUUAUGAUUUAUUAUGAUUGUGAAAUAGUUAAUUCUGAAUCCUGAGUACAUACUCCAUAUAUUUAGAGUAAUAUAGCUUUACACUGAUAAGAGAUUUUUCCAUUUGAAUUCUUCUGAUUAAUGGCUUUUUUAAUGUUUUGCAUUUUUCAUACUCUACAUCUAGCAUUGAAUGACAGCAUUUAUAAGUGAGAGUAUUGUAUUAGGUUAUUUUACAUGCAAUAGUAAUGGUUUGUGGUACAGUUUAUGCAUAUUUACAAAAAUAAAGUUAUCUUUGAUGAA